CUCUCUCUCUCUCUCUCGCUCUUCGUUUCCGUUUCGAACACGACGAUUCUCAUUCUCCUCUCCAUCCACACGGCUUAGGGCCUAGGGUUUUCCCCUCUCGCCCCGCAUUUUCGUUGGAAUCGAUCCUAUCCCCCGCGAUCGGGUCGGAAUUUUGCAUCUCUCCGAUCAUUUCCGAUCGAGAUCUCGAGAACUUUUUCCCCCCCUUUUGUCUUUUCGUUUAAAUUCUUCGUAGUAGAGAUGUUCCUAGUCGAUUGGUUCUACGGCGUCCUCGCGUCGCUGGGGCUGUGGCAAAAGGAAGCGAAGAUCCUGUUCUUAGGGCUCGAUAAUGCUGGGAAAACCACGCUUCUUCAUAUGCUCAAGGAUGAGAGAUUGGUUCAGCACCAGCCGACGCAGUACCCGACGUCGGAGGAGCUGAGCAUCGGGAAGAUCAAGUUCAAGGCUUUCGAUUUGGGAGGGCAUCAGAUCGCACGCCGCGUCUGGAAGGAUUACUACGCCAAGGUGGAUGCAGUGGUGUACCUGGUGGACGCAUUCGACAAGGAAAGGUUCGCAGAGUCAAAGAGGGAACUUGAUGCUCUUCUAUCAGACGACUCCCUAGCAAACGUGCCCUUCCUUAUCCUAGGAAACAAGAUUGACAUGCCGUACGCAGCCUCUGAAGAGGAGUUACGUUACCACCUUGGCCUCAGCAACUUCACCACCGGCAAGGGCAAAGUCAACCUUGCCGACUCCAAUGUCCGCCCCCUCGAAGUCUUCAUGUGCAGCAUCGUCCGCAAGAUGGGAUACGGCGAUGGCUUCAAGUGGCUCUCCCAAUACAUCAAAUAGUACUCCUUAGCUGGUGCGUUAUGGAAAACUUAAUUCCUCUCUCUAUCUCUGUCUAUAUAUAUAUUUCUCUCUUUACUCUUGUUCAUGUAUUUAAAUGGUGGGGAGCGCAACGUGGGGUUUGCAGUGUUAUAAUCUGGUUGGAGUCUGGAGUAACAUGCAUGUGUGACCUUUCUUGUUGCUAAAAUCAUUUUUCUUUUUUUCUUUUCGCUACCUUUAAUCAAGUAUUAUAGAAGUAGGGUUAAAGCUUGUUA